UCAGUCUUCUCACUUCUGAACGCGCGUGGGACGGAAAAGGAGCUUUCUUCUCAUCUCCUAGGAUCGCGAUACCUUCUUCUUCUUCUUCUUCUUCUUUUCUUCUAGUCGAGGAGAUGGGGAAGCUGUACGCGAAGACUGUGCCUCCGCCGGAUCUGAACAAGAAUACGGAAUGGUUCAUGUACCCGGGUGUGUGGACGACUUAUAUCUUCUUCCUUUUCUUCUUCUGGCUCAUCGUCCUCUCCGUCUUCGGCUGCAACACCGGAAUGGCAUGGACGAUCGUGAACCUCGCCCAUUUUGUUGUUACAUAUCAGUUUUUUCAUUGGAAGAAGGGAACUCCCUUCGCAGAAGACCAGGGUAUCUACAACAGGCUUACUUGGUGGGAACAAAUUGAUAGCGGAAAACAACUUACUAGCAACAGGAAAUUCUUGACAAUUGUACCUGUGGUCUUGUACUUGAUAGCCUCUCACACAACUGAUUACCAACACCCGAUGCUUUUCCUCAACACGGUCGCUGUGUUCGUGCUAGUCAUUGCCAAGUUUCCGAACAUGCACAAGGUCCGAAUUUUCGGGAUUAAUGCUGGCCAUUGAGCCGGCCGGCAGGAAACAUGGAACAAACGAUUCAUCUCCUCAGUCAAGUUCACACUCUAUUUGCGGUACUUGUUUGUAUAAAUCUCUGCAACAUAGAACUAUGGUAUGCUUCAGUAGACUCCACCUUCUGUUUCUUUUGCUUGGUCUCAACGUACGGUUUCAUAUUCUCUCCAAUUAUCAUAUCAAUUUAUAUGUAUUGUAUCUGCGAAGAAGGUGCUGUGGAUCUUACAAAAUUUUAUCUUUAUAAUGAUUUUUUUUAUUCUCAUGA